GCUGCGAUGGUCUUGGAGUCGGGAAAGAAGGAAAACAUGUGCCCUGUGCUGCGCUGGACGGUGGUCGUGUGUCAGUUGGCGUGGGUGGGUGGGACGCCCCUUCCCUCCCUGUGGGUUGGCCCCUUCCCUCUGGUCGCGCGCAGCAGCAGCAGGAGCGUUGGAGGCAGCGAGCUGGGGGGGGGAAGAAGGAGCAAUGGUGCCAAUGGUGCGCGCGUCAGGAACGACGAGGCAGGCGUGGGAAGCGAACGUUUAGCACGCUUAGCAAGCCCAGACAGGCCAUGUCUAUUGGACGCGGAAUCGGGGCCUCGUGGCAAUCCCAGCCGGCACCUCGACGGGGGCAUUGCGGCAUACCCAGACUCGACUCGACUCGUCAAGACUACACACGAAUUUUCUAGACUGCGCGCAAAGCUUAUCGCCGCCCGUCCAUGCCGUCGUCGUGUAUGCAACGGCGAGCCACACACACCUCCUCACGUGCGACUGAUGCUGCUGCACCACCUCCGCCUCCACCAUCCACGUACGAUUGCCAUGUCUCUUGCUGCUGCUGCUGCUGCUGCUGCUACUCCUGCUCCUGCUCCUGCUCCUGCUCCUGCUCGUAUCAAUGUACUUAGCAGUCAUGUUCACACCAUGGCCAUGGCUAAUAACAAUAUCCACGAUACUCCUCCACUCUCAUCUCCAAGCGAGCCUGCCUAUUCUACUCGACCGGCACACCCUCAUCAAACCGCCCUUUUGUCUGCACGCUGUACCAUCACGUAUACAGUAACUCGACCAUCGCUUGUCCGUACCCGACUCGCGGCCGGUAAAGACGAUCAGUUCCCACCUAUACUACAAGCUGGCUUCACAUCCUCCUGCAGGCCUCUCUCGUCACCAGCCCCCGCUACCCCCUUUGCGUCUGCUCAUGGCCACUUCCCUUCCCAAUCAAGCCCCGGCCUGUGGCUUGCCGACUCCGCUGAACGGCUGCAUGGGGGGUCGCCAGCAGCCAAGCCUUAUGUGGACCCUCGACACUGGUUCCGCCAUCUCUAA